AUGUUUAACAAUAAAAGUUUCAGUACUUUUCCAUCGAAAGUUCGAAAUCACGUCAACAAGCAAUUACUUGCUUACCUAGGCAAGCAAAUCAUAAAAGCAUGGGACCAUAGCAUUGCUGAAGCGACUGAUAAUGCUCUUCGUUUUGCUAAGGUCAACAAUAUGCCGACACCUCCAUCCGACGAUGUUUUCUUUGAACAGUCUCCACCAUUCAUACCACCAAAGCACAAUCAUUCCCACAGGAGAAAACAUCAACAUUCGUCAUCAUCACAUCACAAACAACUGGGCAUCCGAAAAAGUCAAUCGACUGGAAAUUUAGCUAGUCCAACUUCUCCGAUCACACCCAAUCAGUUCUUCAAUGAUCAACCCAAACGAAGACAUCGAAAUAAAUCUUCGUCAUCUCAAGCAUCUACACAUUCAUCACAAAUUUUAAGCAUACCGAAAUCGACGUCGAAAACCAGCUUCUUGGAUCAUACACCGACGCCUACUUCCAGACAAAAACGAACAAAGACUUCUUACGACCCACCGAUGACCUUCAUCAAUGCACGCGAUAUCAAAACCAUUCGCGAAAUCGGCCGAGGUAAUUUCGGUACAGUUUACCAUGCUCUAUACAAAAACUCUCAAGAUGUCGCAGUCAAAACUCUCAAUUCUACUGACGGAUCUUUUCCAACAAGUACAAUGGACCCAAACGAGGAAAGUAUGGAAAAAUUGCUUCAGGAAGCGAAAAUGAUGAUGCAUUUAAAACACGCAAACGUUCUACAUAUCGUUGGCGUGACAUUCUUUGGUGAUCAGCAACAAUUGAGUCUAGUGACAGACUUCAUGAAAAAUGGUUCGUUAUUGGAUUAUUUAAAGAAACAUCGAGAACUGUUUUUGAAAUCGGCUGCAUCUACAGUUAUCAAGAAAUUGAAUAAUUUCAGUCAACAGAUUUAUGCAGCGAUGUCCUAUCUAGAAGAUCGAGAAAUCGUUCAUCGAGAUUUAGCAGCGAGAAACUGUUUGAUUGGUGAAAAUGAUACAUUAAAAGUGGGAGAUUUCGGUUUGACCAGAUUGACAGACUUUGGUUUGUACCAAGCAACCAGUACAGUUUGUGCGCCGAGAUGGACGGCACCGGAAGCUUUGCUUUCAUCAAAAUAUUCCUCACGUUCAGAUGUAUGGAGUUAUGGCAUAACUCUUUGGGAAAUCUACAGUCUAGGCGACCGACCGUAUGGUAACGUUCAUAAUUCAGCUAUUUACGACAUUGUGAAAAACUCCUCGAAGAGCAUACCUCGUUAUCUACCGAAACCUCAUCGAUUUUGUUCUGACGAAGCCUAUACGCAUAUCAUUCUUCUUUGUUUAACACACAAUGUAACAAUGCGACCACGUUUUCGUGAUUUGCACCAGCGUAUAGCAACUAUUCUUGUUUAA